AAAUUGUUAAAAAAAAUGGUAUAAAUCUGAUCCUCUCUGAUUUAAUUUAUUCAAUGACAAAUUCUCUCUCAAAAAUUUAGUUUAAUAAAUUCAGUGAUCCUAUUCCUGCCCACAAUCAUGAUUCUGUUUUGAGUGUUUUCCUUUUAGCAUCAAAUUGUUCAUUCUUCAGAUUUGACUCUUGAAACUCAACAAAAAAGAAGAGCUAGAAACCAUGGUAAAGGAUAGAAAGGUUGGUGUUGCAUUGGACUUCUCCAAUAGCAGCAAGAUUGCUCUCAAAUGGGCCAUCGAAAACUUGGCUGAUAAAUGCCACACCUUUUACAUCAUCCACGUCAAUCCCAAUUCUUCUGAUGAUCGUAACCAGUUGUGGGCAAAAUCUGGUUCUCCUCUUAUUCCUUUGACAGAGUUCAGAGAGGAAGAGAUUAUGAAGCACUAUGGCGUACAAAAUGAUGCAGAGGUUCUUGAUUUGCUUGACACUGCCGCCAGACAAAAAGAGGUUAACGUUGUGGUAAAAUUGCACUGGGGUGAUGUAAGAGAGAAACUUUUGGAUUCCAUUGAAGAUCUGAAGCUGGACUCUUUGGUCUUGGGAAGCAGAGGUCUUGGCACAAUUCAAAGGAUGAUAUUGGGAAGUGUGAGCAACUUCGUGAUGACUCAUGCUCCAUGCCCAGUGACCAUUGUUAAGGAGUAGCAUUAAGUACAUGAUCAAUUUGGGAGAACAUUCGCAUCUUUGAUAAUAUUUUUCAUGCAGGGUAGUUGGGGUUAUACUACAUAAUGAUUUUUAUUUUUAUUAAGACAUAAUGAAAUUUUAUAUGUAUUGUGGCUUAGAAGUUGUAAGGUACUGUAAUAAGUAUCCACCCUUUACUUUACUUUGUAAAAUUUUAAGGCAUUUUUUAGACUAUCAAUUAUAGGAAAUAACAGGAUUUUAAAAUCUAUGAUUCUCACAAACAAUCAAUAAACAAUAGAUAAUGAUGUGUACCUUUUUCCAUA